AUGGCGCGCCUCCUCUUCCUGCUCGCCGCCCUCGUCGGCCUGCUGAGCCCCGUCGUCUACCUGCUCGAGCAGCGCCUCGAGUCCUUCUACAUCUUCGACACGGACCACCUGCACGACCUCUCCAAGCGCGCCAUCGCCGCCCACGGCAACGACACCCGCAGCGUCGUCUCCUACAUUGUCGGCGAGCUGCACGGCAAGCCCGCCCUCGCCAACCAUGUCAACCUGGACGAGGAGUGGAUCUUCAACAACGCCGGCGGCGCAAUGGGCGCCAUGUACAUCAUCCACGCCAGCGUGACCGAGUACCUCAUCAUCUUCGGCACCCCGAUCGGCACCGAGGGCCACUCGGGCCGGCACACGGCCGACGACUACUUCCACAUCCUCUUCGGCACGCAGCUCGCCUACACCCCGGGCAGCUACGAGCCCGAGGUCUACCCGCAGGGCAGCGUGCACGUCCUGCGCCGCGGCGACGUCCAGCAGUACAAGAUGCCCGACGGCGGCUGCUUCGCCCUCGAGUACGCCCGGGGAUGGAUCCCGCCCAUGCUCUUCUUCGGCUUCGCCGACGGCCUCAGCAGCACCCUCGACUUCCCCACCCUGUGGCGCACCACCUGGGUCACGGGCAGGCAGAUGGUCGCGAACCUGGCGCUGGGCAAGCUCUGA